AAAGUUAAAAAUGGUUACUAGCCCACUCUACACAUUGUAGCGUCACCUAGUGGUUCUAGAAAUAGCAAGGGGUGGCAUCAAUGGACAGAAAAGCUAAAGUUGCCCAAGCAAAAGACGGCUGUCCCCUCACCCCAUCACAUCCUGAUUAGCAGUGCAACAAAUUUACGGACAAGAAACCGGUGCAGUCUGCAGCAUGCAUCAAUGGUCUACGCCAAAUGCCACAUUCAUAGCCCAAUGUGUGUGUGUUCUUCGGCCGGUUGGAUUUCCCACCUGGUCAGUCAAUAUCUGGAUGAGCUCCUAUCGGAUCACUAUGGAGGGCACCAUCUGGGCCCAGGGUUGCCAGGCCACAGAGGGCGCCCCUGCUAUUGGCAGUUUGGAGAUUGUGUCUGUUUCAGGAGAAGAACUGGCAGUUGUGGAUAUUGGCUUUUCUUUCUUUAGGUUUUUCCUCACACAGACAAAAGUGAAUCCUGGUGCGAGUCCAUCAGAAAACAGGGGGAACGAUGAGACACCCAAGUGCCAUCCGGUUCUACCGACCAAGUACCUGAUUAUCAUCGUGGUCCUUGUUCUCCUCACUGUGCUGGCGGUGGUCAUUGGACUGACAGUUCACUUCACUUGCCCGGGAAAGAUUCGCUGCCAGUCCUCCUCUAAAUGUAUAAGAAGGACAGAAAGGUGCAAUGGGGUUUACGACUGCCCAGAAGGAGACGACGAAUACAGAUGUGUGAGGCUGAGUGGAAGGAAUUCCGUGCUACAAGCUUACAGAGCAGGUUCAUGGAGGACUGUUUGCUCGGAUGAAUGGAAAGGCUUGUAUGGGAAUCUGACUUGUAAGCAAUUAGGUUUCUCAAGUUAUGUGAGUUCUAUUUAUUUGCCUGUGGAGGCUGUUGAAGAACAAUUUAGAAGACAUUUUGUGUCGGUUUCACCAUCCCCAAAGUUUGCCGGUCAAAGCAGUUUGCUACAGCAGCUAAUAAACCCAAGGGAACAUUGUUCCUCUGGAAAUGUCACCACUCUAAAGUGUGUUGUGUGCGGCCUUAGGCCAAGUUACACAUCUUCCACACGUAUCGUGGGUGGCAAUGUGUCUGCUGAAGGGCAAUGGCCGUGGCAGGCCAGUCUCAUCUUCCAGGGCGUGCAUCUGUGCGGAGGGUCCCUCAUUACACAGCAAUGGAUUGUAACAGCUGCCCACUGUGUUUACGACCUGCUUUUCCCUGAAUGGUGGAGCGUACAGGUGGGGCAGGUGAAUCAAGCUCUAGAUCCGUCUCACAGUGCAGUGCCGGUGCAGAAGAUCAUAUACCACAGCAAAUACAAAUCCAGCACCAUGGCUAAUGACAUUGCCCUUAUCAAACUGGCACGCCCAUUCACAUUCAACGGCUCCAUCCAGCCAAUCUGUCUGCCAAACUACGGAGAGGAUUUUCCAGAGGGUAAAAUCUGUUGGAUAUCGGGCUGGGGAGCGACAGAGGAAGGAGGUGACACCUCUCAGACCAUGGAUUAUGCCGGGGUCCCGCUGAUCUCCAACAGAGUCUGCAACACAAAGUAUAUAUACGGAGGUGUCAUUAAGCCCUCUAUGGUCUGCGCGGGGUUCCUAGAGGGAGGAAUUGACACCUGCCAGGGGGAUAGCGGAGGGCCUUUAGCUUGUGAAGAAAGCAAAGUCUGGAAAUUAAUGGGAACUACAAGUUGGGGUAUUGGCUGCGCCAUGAGGUAUAAACCUGGAGUGUAUACUCGGAUCACCUCCUUUUUGGACUGGAUCCAUACUCAGAUGGAGAAAGAAGAAAGAAAAAUGAAUUAGUUCUUCCAAACUGAAUGUGGUCUGCAAGGGAAUGCCUAUUUAUUAAACAUCUGCAGAUUUUUAUUUUUAGAAAAAUGCGACUCAAUUUCUCUUCAAUGGACAUUCUACUGAUUCAAGUGUCCCAGUAUUGGCGGAAAAGUUUUGGGGAGAAAUAACGUGUAUAAAAGAAUAUUUUGGCUAAACAUUAGUACUGUAUGUGUUCUGUAAUAGUGUCAUUUCUCUAUAUUACUGAAAGUCAGACUGCAAUCAGUUAUUGGUGUCAGAGAUAAUAAAGAUUGUUUUUAUAAA